GUGCGCGUCAACGCGGAGCACGUUCGAGGACGCGCACGGCGGCGGUGCGGGCGGGACGUGGCCUCGCCGUCAAAACGCUGGCGCGCUGGCCCUUUAAGGUUUUAAGGAUUUGGGAGUGACGCGGAUGUAAACCCAGUCGGUUUAUCCGUCUUUCCUUCGCUAUGAAAAAUAUUUGGACAAACUAGACCGGCAGCUGUCAGACGGCUUUAAUGGGCCAAUUAUGGUACCGGUUUACUUGACUUAAUUGUCGAAGGACGCGAGCGACGCCGCGGAAGCGCGACGACGGCCCAAGUGUUCCUCCGCGGUCCGCCUUUGGAGGGGGAUUAUACUCGGAUAACUUUGGAGAACUUCUUUGUAUUCGGGGCGGUCGAGAGGGCUUGGCCAGCGGGCUGAACAUGGACUGGGGCACCGAGCUUUGGGACCGAUGUGACGUCAUCGAGAAGCACACGCACUCCGGGCUCGAGCUGGUGGAGAAGUAUGUGAAAUUUGUGAAGGAGAGGACGGAGAUUGAGCAGAACUAUGCCAAGCAGCUGAGGAACCUCUCAAAGAAAUUCAAUCUAAAACGCAUCAGCAAAGAUGAGCCAGAUGGCAGGCUCACCAGCUACCAGUCGUUUCUGGACAUCUUGAACGAGAUGAACGACUACGCGGGCCAGAGGGAGCUGGUGGCCGAGAACAUGCUGAUGAACAUCUGCGCCGACCUCACCAAGUACCUGCAGGAACUCAAGCAGGAGCGAAAGUCUUAUCUGAUGGAGGCCAAGAAGGCCCAGCAGGCGUUGGAGAGCACCAACAAACAGCUAGAAAGCAGUAAAAAGCGCUUCGAGCGGGAAUGGCGAGAAGCAGAGCGCGCGGCGCAGAACGCUGACAAGACUGACCAGGACAUCAACGCCACCAAGGCGGAUGUCGAAAAGGCGAAGCAACAAGCUCACAUGAGAGCGCACGUCGCAGAGGAGUGCAAGAACGACUACGCCGCUCAACUGCAGAAGUUCAACAAGGAACAGAAGCAGUUCUAUUUCACUGACAUGCCGCUCAUCUUUAAUAAAAUGCAAGAACUGGACGAGCGGCGAAUGCGGAAGUUGGCGCAGGGCUACAUCCUUUUCUCGGACACAGAGAAGCAGGUGAUGCCAAUCAUUGGCAAGUGCCUGGAGGGCAUCACCAAGGCGGGCACGAACGUCAAUGAGAAAAAUGACACCCUGGUGGUCAUCGAACAGAACAAGUCGGGCUUUGAGCGUCCGGGUGACGUGGAGUUUGAGGACUUCAGCCAAGGCAUCAACAGGACGUCGUCAGACAGCAGUCUGGGGACCCCCAAGGGUCCCAUUGACCUCUUGGGCAAGAACCGAGGCAAAAACUUUUGGCUUUUGAGGAAAAAGACAAAGCUCUCCCCUUCCACGCUCCCGCCUUUCUCCACCCCGCCCGCCCCCUCGCCUGUUAACGGACCCCCGUCCCCCAAGUUUGGCCGGGACCCCCUGUCGUACUGUUUGAAGGAGAUCAAUAAGACAGUCAAACCCAGAAUCUCGUCCUUCCGCACACUGAGGAGAUCGCCCGCGGUCACGGAGGACUUCGCCCACCUCCCUCCCGAGCAGCGCAGGAAGAGGCUGCACGAGAAACUGGAGGAGACCGCCCGGAAGUUGCAGAAGGAAAUAGAUCAGAGUGAGGCCCUGGGGAAGAUGAAGGAUGUGUAUGAAAAAAAUCCCGAUCUGGGAGACGCCGCCAGUCUGGCACCCCAAAUCAAUCAGACCAAUCUGAAUAUAGAACGCCUCAGGGGGGAGCAAAACAAGUAUGAGACGUGGCUUGCCGAGGCGGGGGGUCGAGGAGACACGCCGCGGUACAAAUCUCACUCCUUCAACCACAGCGACGCUCACGAACCGCUCAGCCCGGACGGAGCUCACUCCGACGGGGGGACGCCCGACGCCUCCUCCCACGCCAUCUACGCCGAAUUCGACGAUGACUUUGAAGAUGAGGAGCUGGCGGCUCCCAUCGGGAACUGCACUGCCAUGUACAAUUUUCCCGGCGCCAGCGAAGGCACCAUCGCUAUGCAGGAAGGAGAAGUCCUGGCCGUGGUGGAGGAAGACAAAGGCGACGGCUGGACCCGCGUCCGCAGGAGCAACGGGGACGAAGGCUACAUCCCGACGUCGUACGUCUCCAUCUCGCUCCAUAAAUGACGCGCGGGGAGAGGAAACGACGACAGAACUGUUCCGCAUUUCGUCCCCGCGGGAGCCAUCACGAAGACGACGCAGUGAUAUUUUUUUUUUUUUUUUUGGGGGGGGGUGGGGGCAGGACCAGACGCGCAUCCAGGAAGUAGGUUUGAUGGGUCGGCUAAUACAAGUGUAGUCCCAGAUUAGCAAAAGCACGGUGCUAACAAUUGCGCUUUCUUGUAAUCCCAUUUACGAUAAACACACAUGUGAUCUUUUCAAUUGCGUCACGGUACGCAAAACACCAAGUGACACGUUCGCUUCUGCAUUUAAAAACAUCCACUAUUGGACAUCUUGUCUGAUUUUGGACUUCCAUUGUGCGGGAACAGGAUGAAGUGACACCUUGUGUGUGUGGUUUUUUUUUUUUUUGUGUGUUUUUUUUUUUUUUAUUUUUGUCAGUUGACAGCAGACAAUCGCAGGCGUAUCGCUUUCGUCCAAUCGAAAGCAAGGACCUCGUGGUUCCCUUUGCUGUGUUUUCUACUACAUGUAAUUUAUUGUAAACGUGUAUGUACUUUUUUUUUUUUUUAAUCUAUCAGAUGUUCCGCUUUGUAUUUAGUAGUUGUUUUUAUGACCUUGCACACAUAGAGGGCGAUGUAGUCACAAAAGGGAGCUGAUGAAUGCACACGAAUUGCGCAAGUAGUGACUAUUUGUAUUUAUGUAAAAUACGCUAUAAACGCCUACGAGACCACUAUUGUCUUAUUUAACCUUUCAAAUUAUGAUUGUUACAAUGUGAUAGAGAAGUCGGAAUGCGCUAAUUAUUGUCGCGUCGCUCUUAAUUUGUCUCACGGAGUUUGUUUUAAGAUGCGUUUUGGAGGAAGUGUUUUGUCUUUUGGUGCCUUACAGGUUAGAAUCAUCGACGGCUUUUUUAUGCGUGUGUAUAUUCACCAUUUUUUUUUUUUUUUUGCAUUAAGGUAUUUUUUUGGUUCAAAACUAAAUAAAUCUGGAGCACAUUUCAACGUUAAAUG